AUGCUGUCUGGCAUAGCACUCACCAGCGUGUCCUGGAUCCUGCUAUCCUGCCUGAUGCUCUUAACUUAGGUGCAAGGUGAAGACUCCCAGAAGGAAGUAUUCUCAGCACGCAUUAGUUGUCCUAAAGGCUCCAUGGCUUAUGGAUCCUACUGCUACGCCUUGUUUCGGAUACCACAGACUUGGUUUGAUGCAGAACUGGCCUGUCAGAAGAGGCCUUCAGGACACCUUGUGUCUGUGCUCAGUGGAGCUGAAGCUUCAUUCCUGUCCUCCAUGGUGAAGAGCACAGGGAACAGCUACCCGUACAUCUGGAUUGGGCUCCAUGAUCCCACCCAGGGUGAAGAACCCAAUGGAGGUGGAUGGGAGUGGAGUAACAGUGAUGUGAUGAACUACUUUAACUGGGAGAGGAAGCCAUUUGCUGCCUUAGACCGUGGUUACUGUGGCAGCUUGUCAAGAGCUUCAGGAUUUCUGAAAUGGAGAGACAAUACCUGUGAUGUGAAGUUGCCCUAUGUCUGCAAAUUCAGUGGAUAG